ACGUCACCAUCGUCAUCUUCGUCAUGUUGGCAUCAGCAUCAACACGACCUGAAGACGUCGUGUCGAAACUCCACCGUCUUCCCUCUCCACCGCCCCAGUUCCUCUCCCCCUAACCAUCCAGCGCCGCCGUUCUUCUCCGGGUUCGGUAACCAGCUUCAAGCCGUCGGAUGCGCAGGAUGCUGUAAACCAGGUCACCCAGGACGUCCAGGACUUCCAGGACGCAACGGAAAGCCAGGAAUCCCAGGAGCACCAGGAAGGCCAGGAAUUCCAGGACGUCCACAAACUGUGUGCGAGGUGCAAGUCAUCUCACCAUACAAUCCAUGCCCACCAGGGCCACGAAGACCAACCGGAACCAGUGGACAACCAGGACGGCCAGCAGCAGCACCUGGACUUUCAAGAAACUUUGACAAGCGAUAA